AGCUCAGCUGCAGUCUGUCUCCUGUUUGAUGGAGCUCAAACAGCAGUUAAAGCAAAUUUGUUACAGGAAGAAUACAUAGUUUCUUACUGCAUUUUUUAAAAAAAGAACAGCAUCUUGGUGCUUAGAUUUUCUGUUGCCUUGUUGAAAUCAGCUCAGCACUGACCUGAGUAGGGAAUGGAACAUCAGGUGGGAUAGAAGUGGGACUUGAAAGUAUACUGAUUUCAGCGAUAUAUUUCUGCCUUGCUUAGUGCUGAUUUAGAAAUAAACAGUGAAGACUUCCACAAGCCUUAUGACAAUAACUUGGCAAUUGCAGAGUACUUCUGUGCCUUUUGAAAGAAGAUGUAAAUAUGCAUAGUGGUUGAAGUGGCUUGGAGAUGAAAUAUUGAAGGAGAAGAAACGUCAAGGAGGUGGAGUGUAAAAUUGGUUGCGACUUUUUUUGGAAAAGCAACUCUAAAGUUAUAGGUGCCAACUUAAAACAAAUUUUGGAUCCAGUAACAGAAGGCAAGUUCAGCUAUUCAGCCAUUUCUGUACAGUGUGCCCUGGUUCCUUGGUUAGACUUCUUUGCUUCAGUACCAGCUAUGGAUAAGAAGCAGUAAGUGUAUUUGGUGCAUCAAGAUGUUACUUAUAUUAUAGUAAAGUAUGUUCAGGGCUCCAUGAAGUAUUGCAAGUACAGCAAGAAGUCACUGACCAUCAAUCAAUACUGAUGUGAGUGACCUAUUUUCAAACCCAUCAAGUGUUUUUUAAAAGAAGCUGAAAUAUUGAUAAUUAAACUUCACCUCCCAGUAUUACAGCAUUUCAUUUUUUAAAAAACUGGUUUUUUAAAAUAGCAUUGUAGUGCCCAGCACCGUAAAGAUACAAGAGGAAGGUCAUGUGGUUUGUUUUAUGAAAAAUUAAGAAUUUAUGUCACGCUAACACAAUGUCAGAACGUGGAUGUUCGAGAGAAGGACAAGAAAAUCCUCACCGAAUUCGUCGCAGAGCCAACAACAUCUUUCACGGUCUUUCCUCAACAAUACAGCGGUCUUUUACCAAGAGACAUGGGCGAAACUACCCACGCCCCACCUGCUCUGAUGAAAUCAUGCAUCAAGAUAUUGUUCCCCUCUGUGCUGAAGAUAUUGAGGACCAGCUGAGAAAGAAGUUUGCCUAUCUGUCAGGUGGGCGAGGAAAAGAUGGCUGCCCUGUCAUUACUUUUCCAGAAUAUUCAACAUUCAGUGAAAUUCCAGACCAUGAGUUUCAGAACGUUCUGACGUACCUUGCUAAUAUUCCCAGUUCACAAGAUGCCGGAAUUGGAUUUAUAGUUGUCAUUGACCGCAGGCAAGACAAAUGGACUUCAGUGCAAGCCUCUAUAUUGCGAAUUGCGGCAUCAUUUCCAGGAAACCUGCAGCUAGUUCUUGUUUUGCGCCCUACGGGAUUUCUUCAAAAAACACUUUUUGACAUUGCAUUGAAAUUCCGUAGAGAUGACUAUAAGAUGAAGCUACCGAUCAUAAUGCUGAGCUCAUUGACAGAAUUAAAUAACUACAUUGAUAGAUCCCAGCUAACAGAAGAUCUUGGUGGCACCCUGGAUUACUGCCACAACAGGUGGCUGACACAUCGCACUGCUAUAGAGAACUUUGCUCGAAUGGUUAAGGAGAAAGCUCAAACUCUCCGAUCGUUUGGGGCUGAACUAGCAGAAACGGAGUUGCCAAAUGAUGUACAGUCUACCAGUGCCCUCCUUGCAGCACAUACUGAAAGCAAAGGCAAAAUGAAGGAGGAUUUGAAGAUAGUAUUAACAGAAGGCCAGGAUAUUCUCCUCAGUAUUAGAAAACCAGUUCUUGAAAAUCAAGAGUACAAAAUGAACCCAGAUCAAAUGGAAAAUCAAAUUACUGUGGAAAGGCUUCUAGAUCAACUAUAUGAAACAGAAACAGCCUUUGAUGAUUUUUGGUUAAAACACCAGCAGAAGCUUGAGCAGUGCUUACAACUUAGGCACUUUGAACUUGAUUUCAAAGAGGUCAAAACAGCUCUGGAUAGUGUGUCUGAGAGAUUAUCUCGUUUCACAGAAGUGGGAAAUAGCUGUUCACAUGUGGAGCACAUACUGAAAGAUCUUGCCAACUUUGAAGGAAAAUCACAUGAAGAUCUGCAAAAGGCCAGCAGCCUGAUUUCUAGCGGUGACCAGUUCAUACAAAAUAGGCAUUAUGCUGUGGACUCCAUUCUCCCCAAGUGCAGUGAACUCCAGCACCAGUGUGAAACAAUUACUGCUGAAAUGAAUAAAAGAAGAACCCUCCUUAACCAUUCAUUUGCAUUACAUAGCCAACUGGAGAAGUCCAUGAAGUGGUGCGAUGAGGGAAUUUAUCUGCUGGCUUCACAGCCUGUCGACAAAUGCCAGUCCCAGGAUGGAGCAGAAUCUGCUUUACAGGAGAUUGAGAAAUUUUUGGAGACUGGUGGAGACAAAAAGCUCAAAGAACUGAACUACCUGUUCAAAGAAUAUGAAGUCAUCCUUAGUGAGGAGCUAGUGGACCACAUCCAAAAAGUGUUUCAGAAACAAGAAAGUAUGGAAGAAAUGUUUCAAAAGAGGCGAAUCAGUCUUAAGAAACUGGCAGCUAAACAGACACGUCCAGUUCAGCCAGUGGCACCCAGGCCAGAAGUCCCUCUAAAGUCACCUUGUUCCUCUCCAGGUCUUCAAAGAGAUUCUGAAGAUCCAGCCAGCCCGGGUAGUCACAUGGUCCGAAGAAUAAAUUUCAGAAGAACCAAGAGUGAAAUAAAUGAAAACCAUCAUAGUAGAAGUGGAUCUAUGAUGGAUGAUGAAGAAAAUCUAGCUGUGUUACGGAAACAUGUAAUUAAUGAACUCCUUGAAACUGAACGAGCUUAUGUUGAAGAACUUCUGUGCGUCCUUGAGGGCUAUGCUGCAGAGAUGGACAAUCCCUUAAUGGCACAUCUCAUUUCACCAGAGCUGCACAAUAAGAAAGAUGUUUUGUUUGGAAAUAUGGAAGAAAUCUAUCACUUUCACAACAGAAUAUUCUUGAGAGAACUAGAAAAUUAUAUGGAAUAUCCGGAACUGGUAGGAAGAUGUUUCCUUGAAAGGAUGGAAGACUUUCAGAUGUAUGAAAAAUAUUGUCAAAAUAAGCCUCGAUCUGAAAGUCUUUGGAGGCAGUUCUCAGAUUCUGUGUUCUUUCAGGAGUGUCAAAAAAAACUUGACCACAAGCUGAGUUUGGAUUCAUAUUUACUGAAACCUGUUCAAAGAAUAACCAAAUAUCAGCUAUUGCUGAAGGAAAUGUUAAAAUACAGUAAAAAUUGUGAAGGUGCUGAAGAUCUCCAAGAGGCACUAACAUCCAUAUUGGGAAUUCUUAAAGCAGUUAAUGAUUCCAUGCAUCAGAUUGCAAUCACUGGCUAUGAUGGAAACCUGAAUGAACUGGGCAAGCUUCUAAUGCAAGGAUCGUUCAGUGUAUGGAUUGAUCAUAAAAAGGGUCAUUCAAAAGUGAAGGACCUGGCACGGUUCAAGCCAAUGCAGCGACAUCUCUUCCUCCACGAGAAGGCAAUAUUAUUCUGUAAAAAGAGAGAGGAAAAUGGAGAAGGAUAUGAAAAAGCACCUUCAUACAGCUAUAAGCACUCCUUAAAUAUGGCUGCAGUUGGAAUAACAGAAAACAUUAAAGGUGAUGCUAAAAAAUUUGAAAUCUGGUAUAAUGCAAGGGAAGAGGUUUACAUAAUACAGGCUCCAACCCCUGAAGUCAAAGCCACUUGGGUAAAUGAGAUCAGAAAAGUAUUGACCAGCCAACUGCAGGCAUGCAGGCAAGCAAGCCAACACAGAGUUCUAGAACAUACACACAGUUUACCUCUGCCCGUAUUGCAUAAAAGCCCUUCAAGAAAUGAGGGAAGGAACAUCCGAAAGCAGGAAGAGAGAAAUGCCGAUCUUGUAAUGCCAGACGGUUGUGUCACUUCAAUAGCGCCAAAGUACCCUGAAAAAGGCAAAGGAUGGGCUAAAACAUCCCAGUCGCUUGAUGCUUCUGAAGAAAAUGAUGGUUGGUCUAGUGCAGAUGAUCCACUUAACUCCUCAGAUGCAGAAGAAGAAGGAAAAGAAGAAAAGAAGCUGGCACCUGGUAAAUACACAGUCAUGGCCAAUUAUGACAAUGGAGGCUCUGAAGACCUGAUGCUGAAAAGUGGAGAGUUAGUUCAGCUGAUCCACGAAGGAGAAGAUGGGCUUUGGUAUAUAAGAAAUCUGAGCACAAACAAAGAAGGGUGGGUCCCAGUCAACAGUCUGCUGACAUUGCUUGGAAACUCAAAAUCUGCUCUGUCUCUGAGCAGCUCUGAAUCUGCAACUGGUUCAAGUAUAUUAAGCUCCUCUUCAAGCUACAGUGAAAGUUGCAAUGUUAGUAGCACCGGCAUCUCAGACAUGAAGGGCUAACUCUAAAGCUUCAUCAAGACUCUUAAUGAAGUUUUCACACUUCCAAUGUGAAUACUGGAUGUCAGAGGAAAUGGAGAAGUACCACUCUUGCAUGUCUCUUGAUACUGCCAGCCUCCAUAAUUAAAUGGUUGUUUACAAAGUCUUCUUAAAGACCUAGAAUGAAAAUGUAAAAGGUGGUUGGGAACAUGGAGUGGUAGGACUGGACACCUUGGUGGAAAGAUGGCCUUGUGGAAAUUGCAUGUUGGAAGUCUUUUCUAGUACAAAAUGGAGCUUGCCAUGGAUAACAUGGAAGAAUAUUAUGAAGAAACCAGGUUGUGUCUACUGGUAUAAAUCUGUACAGUAAAAACAAUAAAUAUGAAGUUAAUGUAUAAUGUAGAAAGACAUAAGAAACUUUAUCUUUACAAGCUGUUUUACAAAAAAACCUCCAGGAGUCAAUAUGUAAAGUGCAGGAAAUCUCUUAAAUCAUCAGGGAAUUCAAUUCUUACCUGGGUAUUCUUUUCUGUUUCUUUUCACCAUUGUGCUUCGUGUAGCCAUGUGCUACACUACAAAAGAAAAACAGGUCCACGUCAACAGAUCCUUUUUUUACAGUUUGUGGAAAUGUCCAUUUUGAGGUAUUUUUUUUAACCAUUAAACCAAAUUCUAUAACAAAGAUAAUUUUUAUGGAAUAUUGAAAAUUUGAUAGAUUCUUUGAUAAAAACAAACCCUGUAUUUUUAUUAUGGCGAAAACACUGGCAUACGUUUUAUAUCAGUUAAGCAUUAUACAAUAUCACACAACUGUUUUUCACUCUUAGAGUUAGAAGAUGGCUCCCAAACUAAUAUCUGAGACCUUUCUAUAUCCCUUUCUAGACUGAAAUCAUUUCCACUUCUAAAAUUUUAUUGUGAAAUUAAGAGCUUCAUGGAAGAACUACUAAAAACAGUCAUUCAAACAAAGGAAUCAUCAGUGAUUCUAUCUUCUACAUUUGAAAUAGAUUACUACUGUAUACAUUUGUUCCUUCUAAGAUAUAAUUUACAAAUCUGCCUUACCACAUUAAGAGAGUAUAUAAAGGCAUGUAUAAACCAUAUUGGAUUACACACACUUCCAAAAUAACUUAUAAACCAUAUCUUUAGUACCUCAUCCAUGCAUUUCAUGAUGAAAAGUUACAUGGAAGUGCAUGUUUGACCUUCAGCACUUAUGAAAACUAGGCAGUUUGAAUCCAUUAUGAUUAAUUCAGAUAUUGUUUCCUCUUGUAUAAAUAGGGUCUCAAAGUACAUUAAAGAGUUCCAAAUGCCAGAAACAGGUUCUGACAAUUACAAUCAAAGAAUGACUGGCUCCAGCCAAUACAAAAUUUUAUGUCUAUCUGUAUAUGUUUAUGUGUGUGUGAUAAGUAUUAAUGUAAAAUAUAUAUAUUUAUAUUCUUCAGGUUGCUAAAGGGGCCUCUGUAUGUACUCGGGUUUCUUCAAGAGGCCACAAUCUGAAGACUGUUCAGGGUUUUACUUUAUACAAUCUCCAGUAUAGAAAGAACAAGACUUUGCCAGCCAAGGUAUAAGUCUAUUAUAUUGUGGUAAUAAAAUAGCAAUAGUCUUUGCAAUGCACCUUGUAAAUACGAGUGUUAAAAAAAAAUCUAUUGCUCCAAAAAUUGUCCUAGAAGGAAGGAUGCUAUUCUGGUGUCCACACAGGCCUUCACAAUUAUAUCCCAUCUCCCAGCUGCCAGUGGGACUUGGUUAACUGAAAAACAAUAUAAGACUUUCUAAAAUAGAACGGAUGAAUGAAGGGGUUUGUUUCUUCUUUGGCUCAUGUGAAGGAGCUUCUGUGGGAAGGGAAAGCUACGAAGAAGGCUCUUAUAUAAAACUCUGUCUCUUUUCCCUUUGGUCCUGAUAGUAUCAUUAUUCAUGUGGUUGUAUAUGUAUCAUUGCACUUUAAUGUGGCCCAAAUUUUUCUACUGCUGUUGUAAAUUACUAAAAAAAAGUCCAAUGUCUUUAUUGUAUGUAUGAAAUCUUGAAUAAAUUUCAGCCGUUCUUGCUGGGUGGUCUCAA